UUCCGGGGCUGCAGCUGGUGCCCGGCCCACGUGGCUCUGCAGAAGGCGCUGGGAGCGCUGGCCCAGAAAGGCGGGGGCUGGUGCCGCCCGCAGAGACCCGGUGCCAGCCAUCUGGGAAGCUGCCCGCAGGGCCCACCAGCGGCGGAGGCCGGGGGCAGGGACGCCGCGGGGAGACGCAGGCCCGGUGCGGGGGCGGCGCGCGAUGGAGCGAUUCAAGGCCGCGAUGCUGCUGGGGAGCGUCGGGGACGCGCUGGGCUACAGGAACGCCGGCCGGGAGGGCAGCGCCGCCGGCACGAAGAUGCGCGCGGAGCUCCAGGCGCUCGGAGGGCUGGACCACCUGGUGCUCUCCGCGCAGAAAUGGCCAGUGAGCGACAACACCAUCAUGCACAUGGCGACCGCCGGGGCCCUGACCACAGACUACUGGUGCCUGGAUGACCUGUACCGGGAGAUGGUGAGGCGCUACGUGGAAGUCCUCGAGAAGCUCCCAGAACCCCGGGCAGACCCAGCUACCAUGGAGAGCUGCUCGCAGCUGAAGCCAGAUAACUACCUCCUGGCCUGGCACACGCCUUUCAACGAGAAGGGUUCAGGAUUUGGAGCCGCCAGCAAAGCGAUGUGCAUUGGCAUGCGGUACUGGCAGCCGGGGCGCCUGGGCACCCUCGUCGAGGUCAGCAUCGAGUGCGGCAGGAUGACGCACAACCACCCCACAGGCUUCCUUGGGUCCCUGUGCACCGCCCUGUUCGCAUCUUACGCUGUGCAAAGCAAGCCGCUGGUGCAGUGGGGCCGAGACAUGAUGCGGACCAUGCCGAUGGCCGAGGAGUACUGUAAGAAGACCAUCCGGCACCUGGCAGAAUACCAAGAGCACUGGUUUUACUUUGAAGCUAAAUGGCAGUUUUACUUGGAGGAGAGAAAAAUCAGUGAAGACACGGAGAGUAAAGCCACCUUCCCUGAACGUUACGACGCAGAGGAGAGGGACAAGGUUUACAGGAAGUGGAGCUCGGAAGGCCGAGGGGGCCGCCGGGGACACGAUGCCCCCAUGAUCGCAUAUGACGCCCUCUUAGGAGCCGGGGACAACUGGACAGAGCUGUGCCACCGGGCCAUGUUCCAUGGAGGCGAGAGCGGGGCCACCGGGGCGAUCGCGGCCUGCCUGUUCGGGCUGCUGCACGGCCUGGACGCGGUCCCCGCCGGCCUGCGCCGGGGCCUGGAGCACGAGCAGGAGCUGCUGCGCCUGGGCGAGGCUCUGUACCGCCUGUCCUCGGAGGAGAAGUAAAGCCGCCGCGCGCCCCUCCCGGGCCCGGGCCCCCCGGCCCGCCCUCCGCCCUGAUCGCCUCUCGGAACCCUAAGCGCUGUGUAAAAUACAUCGUUUGUCCUGCGAGACAAUCUCCCGCCCCACCCAGCCCCCGGCACUGCCGGCGCACGUGGGACCCGCCGCCCCCGCCCCCUCCGGGGCGCGGAGUCUCUGGGACAAUUGGUGUAUUUUAUUCGGUCGCAGAACUAAUGCCGCCCGCUCAGCCGCGCCGACGACACUAACCCGGGCCCGGCUGGGCGGCUCGGCCACCGGCCCCUCGCGCUAGGCCUCUAACCAGCCGCCCGGGGACGACUAACCGGGCCGGCGGGAAGUGCAGGCGCGGCCGCCGCGCGCGGGCCCCUCGCUCCAGCCCGGGGCGCACGUGCUGCUCCGAGCGCCCGGCCCAGCCGGCUGUUGGUGCUCGAGGCCCCUUUCCCCGGGGGGUCCCCGGGGGCGCCCUCCCGCCGAGGACACCCGCCCCGCCUCCUGGGAAGCUGCGGGUUCCCAGCACGAGCAGCGCUCCGGGAGCUUCAGCUUUGGCUUCCGGUUCGAGCUGCCCUUUGCUGCUGGCGCUUUCCGGCCCCAGGAGGGUAAAGUCAGGCCGGGGGACUCCCGGUUGCGCAGCCACGGCGAGUGGCGCUGAGGACGCCGUCGGGGUGAUCUCCCAGGGGCGGAAACCCCGCUCAGGUAAGGCGGCGCUGCUCCCGCACCCCGGGACACUGACCUCGGGGACAGCGCGCCUCCCCCGGGGCCCGGCCAGGCGCUGGCCUUCGUCUCCACAGCUUCAAGCACGGAUUCCACCGAGAGUCAGGACGUGAGUAGGUUUGCAGGUUGGAUUUGACCAAAUACAGAAACAGAAUUCGUAGGAAUCAUAAAAAAGUGAAACUAUC